AUGGCAAAAACUAAUGGCGUAGUAAUGUUAUCAUUUCCACCGCACUGUUCUCACAAACUGCAGCCGUUAGACAGAAGCGUAUACGGGCCGCUAAAAAAUUACAUAAACUCGGCUUUGACAAGUCGUAUUAUAGUGAAGAAGGCACCGAUCAACAUUUACGAUAUUCCAGGCAUCAUAACUACUGCGCUUCCAAAAGCCAUCACACCAGCAAACAUUAUGUCUGGAUUUCGAGUUUCCGGAAUCAUGCCGUUGGAUCGCAACAUAUUCGCUGAAGAAGAAGAAUUUGCUCCGUCAUUCUUUACAGAUCGCCCUGAGGCCGACAUUAUCGUAGCUGAGGUAGAAUUGGAUUCUAUGGUACCCACAAUUGAUGACAUUUUAUCUGCAACUGGAGUUUCUGACGAAUUGGUCAACGUAAUCAAACAGCCCUAUUCCGCAUGUUUUACGGUUUCACCGGUCACUCGUACUGAGUCCUCUGCGUCUUCUCGUUCAGACAAAUCAUUGUCAACAUCCCUAUUGGAGGAAAUUAGGCCUCAUCCAAAGGCUGCACCAAAGAAGACCACCAAUAAAAGAAAAACAAGGCAAACUGCCAUUCUCACGAGCACCCCUGUCAAAGAUGCAAUUGAGGCGGAACAAAGUGGAUCAAAAAGGAAGCCUACAAAAAUCAGAGAACCAAAAAUUGGACAACUAACCCCGGUCUCCCCUAAGUAUUUGCAAUUUACAGUAAGUGACUUGGGAAACUCGUUUUAA